AUUUGAUAAAUCCAAUCGGCCGAUCGCGCGGGUUGCUUCAUUUACUUCUUUCUCUCUCAAAAAUACUCUCUGCUCUCCUCUUUCCACAUCACCUAUUUUCUCAUUUUUCGGUUCUCUUCUCUCUUUUCCACAGCUCUGUCAUCGGGAAAGAAAAGCUGAUACAUGGAAAAUGAUAGAGAGAAAACAUGACAAGAAUUCAAGCCAACUGAUAACAUCUCAGCAAGCUGUUCUUGUCUCAGCUCUUGUUUUGAGCGGAGAUGGGAAGGAAAGGGAGUGGAUGGUUCUCGACGGUGAAGAAAGUGUUCAAAUCAUCUUCUAAGGACUUGCCUGUGAAAAAGAAAGAUAAUAAGGUGGAGAAAUGGCCAAAUGAGGCCCCUGAAGUAGUGUCAUUUGAACAUUUUCCGGCUGAGAGUUCACCGGACAUUACAAAUGAUGAGAGUGCAACGUCAACUCCUCUGAAUGAAGAUAGGAACCAUGCCAUUGCUGUGGCCGUGGCAACUGCUGCUGCUGCAGAAGCUGCUGUUGCAGCAGCUCAAGCUGCUGCUAAAGUUGUUCGAUUGGCUGGUUAUGGGCGACACACUAAGGAAGAAAGAGCUGCAACCCUCAUUCAGUCGUAUUAUAGAGGCUACCUGGCUCGGAGAGCUUUGCGUGCUUUGAAGGGACUGGUGAGGUUGCAGGCACUAGUGAGAGGCUAUAAUGUGCGCAAACAGGCACAAAUGACAAUGCGGUGCAUGCAAGCAUUAGUACGGGUGCAGGCAAGAGUUCGAGCUCGUAGGCUGCAGCUAACUCAUGAGAAGCUUGAGAAGAGAGUGGAGGAAUACGAGGAAGAAAAAAGAGGAAUCGAAGAACUGGAACGAAAGCCAAAGAGUCCGUUGAAGAAAUAUGACAGUUGGGAUGGUGGGCAGCAAAGCUCGGAGAAAGUCAAGGAAAGUGCUUCAAAGAAGCAUGAUGCUGUUAUGAGAAGAGAACGAGCCCUUGCUUAUGCCUAUAGCUAUCAGCAGCAGCAGCAACAGCAACAGCCGCGGCAGCAUCAACAACUUCUCAUGCAGCCACAUCCCAAUGGCAAUGAUGUUGGACUCUACCUUAACGAGCGUGAGAAGGCACAAUGGGGUUGGAAUUGGCUUGAGCGUUGGAUGUCAUCGCAACCAUAUCACGCCCGUCAAUUAGGCAUUCAAGAGGGUUCUUACAUGACACUACCCACCACCACUGCAACUACCACCACUACUGAUGACUUGUCUGAGAAGACCGUUGAAAUGGACGUUGUGACACCAAUGGAUUCAGGCCCCUACUCAACUCAGCAGCAGCCGCAAUUAGACUUCAAUAAUGUCCCCAGCUAUAUGGCCCCAACCCAAUCUGCCAAGGCCAAGGUGCGAAGUCAAGGCCCAGUCAAGCAGCAAAGUGGACCAUAUGUACCCCAAUGGAACCCAUCAACAAAGAAAGCCUCGGGUUGCGAUUCCUCAAGUUCAGGUGGGGGAACAACAAUCUACCAGGCCCCGAGGAGCCCUGGCCCAAAGAAUAAUGGUGCCCGUGUACCAUCCAGACGUCUCGGAGGCAGUAGCCCAGAUGCCGGUGGUGGAGAGGAUUGGAGGUUGCCUAUUGGCAGUCAUGGCUGGUGAAAUGGUUUUGGUUGAUUGAGUUUGAUAAGUGCCACUAUUAGUGUGAUAUGAACUUUUCUUAUAUGUUAAUAUGUUGCUAUUUAUUGCUUUUUCAUUCAUGCUAGUGAUGUCAUAAAACAGCCAACUCUUGAGGCUACGUUUGUUCAUCUCUAUAUUAUUAACUAUUCUUCUUUAACUGAUGGAUCAAUGCUAUUGCCACCUUGUUGAUAAGGGAUUAUUACUAUUAUUAAGGAUCAAUUUUAUAUUUCCAAGAACCAGUUUUUACUUAGAAUGAUUUGGGAAUCUAAUCAAGUUAUCUCUUGAAAUCACAAAACUUAAUCAAGAGUUAUAUCCUCAAAUGAUUUCCAGAGGACUCAGCGUAGUCCUGACGUUGUGGUCGAAAUACGAAAUCAAACCGGGUCGUAAAACAGGUAGUCUAAGGCAGAGUUCACGUGACAGAGCAUGGAUCUUCUCAGGAAAGAAAAAUGAGUACAAGAGCUAACCUUGAUUCUGUUUGCUUUCUAUCAUUGGCCUUUCCAACUGUCACUUCUACAAAUGCAACUUCAGGAUUGUCCAACUAAAAAUGACGUGGCAAAAUCACCUAACUUUAGCAAAAUCUUCAGCCGUGUGGAGCUCCACAGGGCAUCUAAUUUUUCGG